CAAUGACUUUCCACCGCAUCUAUGACAACCUGUGGCAGGAAAAGUUGUUCGGUGAACACAUCAGUCUGCCAAGUGUUUCACAUGUUCUUAGACUUUGCAUCCUUAAAAUGGAAGCCAUUUAUGGAAAUCUUGAUUCCAAAAAUCCUGUCUGCCAGGUCUCCAUAUCAAAUCCACCAGCUUCCAUCAAGUCCAACAGGAGAUGCUAUCUCAGUGUUAUUACUUUCAUGGUUAUGCUGAGUGUUCUUCUUCUGGCUGGACUCGUCAUUCUUGGCCUCCUCUAUGGUGAUUCAGUAAAGAAUUUGUCAGAAAUCUCUGACAGCAAAGAAAAUAUGACUGAGCAUCUGAAUGCUGUUAUUGAGAGGAUGAAUUCCAGCCACAUUGAAACAGCCAAGAAGCUGAUGGACUUUAAACAGAGGAAACCAGGAUGUCCUGCAGGAUGGACUGGAUUUUGUUCCUCUUGUUACUUCUUCUCUGUGAAGUCUAAGUCCUGGGAUGAAGCAAGAAAGUUCUGCAGAGCCAGAGGAGCUGAUCUGGUGGUAAACACCAAAUAUGAAAAGACUUUUCUUUUUGAAUUCAGAGAUCAAUCAGUCUGGAUUGGACUGACUGACAAAGUCCAGGAGGGGACCUGGAAAUGGGUAGAUGGAAGUCCUCUGACUCUGAAGUUCUGGGGGGAAAAUCAGCCUGAUAAUGGUGGUGGAAGCAUACGUUACGGAGACGAAGACUGUGCUGAAAUUAGAGGAACUCCUGGAUCUUGGAAUGAUAUUUCAUGUGAAACUUCUCUACGGUGGAUCUGUGAAAAAGAAGGAACUUUAUUUGAUUGAAAAUUACUUUAAAUUAAGAUGUAGUUUCAUCUUUUUUUUCACCUCUGAGAAGAAUUACAGGGUACAAGACAAUCCAAAACAUAUUUGCUUCUUUUUCUAAGGUAAAAAAUACCUGCAGCUAACUUUAAAAGUGAGAAAACUAUUCUAAAAAAAUAGUCCUCACUUGAAAAAUGUAAUCAAUUAUUUUAUUAAAAUCUACUUUAUGUCUGAAGAUUUUGUUUUUAAAUUUGACAUUUCAUUGCCAAUCGAAGAAAUUCUUUUUUGCUUUUCUUGACUCCAGUUGAAUGAGAUUUCAAUAUCAAGUGGCUUCUUACACAGUGUUGUCUACGAAGGUAAAUAUGUUCCAAAAAGGACGAGCUUGUAGAUUUGAUGUGAGAACUUGUAACAUAGAAUGUGAGAACUUACACACCAAAAAUCUGCAUCUGUGUGUAAAAAUCUUCUGCCGUAAAGUUUGACAAACAAAAUUACA